AAGGGCGGAGGAAAGGCGGAGGAUCCGGCGCCGCUCCUGAGCGCGCUCGGCGAGGCGGAAGAGGAGGCGGCUCCUGCCCCGAACGGGGACCAGCAAGGAAGAUGCUCCAGGACUCGAGGAGCAGAUCCUGAGGGACACCAGCACAACCCAACCAUGGCACCGGCUCUGAUCAGCGCCUUGUACAUGAGACCCCUGAAAUGGCUUUUCCUGCUGCUGCUGGUGUUUUCCCUGGUGACCAUGUGGUACAUCACCCUCUCCUCCAGGGCUGGCCUGGAGAACAUCAACCUGCUCUACUUCUACGAGUACGAGCCCGUGUUCCGGCAGCCGCGCCCGUUCACGCUGCGCGAGCGCCGCAGCUGCGCCGACCUCGAGCCCUUCCUGGUCAUCCUGGUGGCUUCCAGCCCCGGGGAGGUGAAAGCCAGGCAGGCCAUCAGGGUCACCUGGGGCUCCAGGGACUCCUGGUGGGGCCAGCGCGUGCUGACGCUGUUCCUGCUGGGGCGCGACGCGCGCGGGCGGGACGGGGCGGCGGCGCUGUCGCUGGAGGACGAGAGCCUCCUCUACGGGGACAUCAUCCGCCAGGAUUUCCUGGACACUUAUGACAACCUCACCCUCAAGACCAUCAUGGCCUUCCAGUGGUUCUCUGAGUUCUGCUCCAACGCCAGGUUCUUCAUGAAGACCGACGUGGAUGUUUUCAUCAACACUCCCAACCUGGUGAGGCUCCUGCUGCGGCUGAACUCCUCGCAGAACGUUUUCACCGGGUACCCCCUCAUCGACAACUUUGCCUACAGGGGCUGGGACAGGAAAAGAUCCAUCUCCUAUGAGGAGUAUCCCUUCAGGCUCUAUCCUCCCUACUGCAGCGGGCUGGGCUACAUCCUGGAUGGAAAUCUGGCUCUGAGGGCUUAUGAGCUGAUGGGCCACGUCAAACCGCUGAAAUUCGAGGAUGUUUACGUGGGAAUCUGCUUGAAUUUACUCAAAGUCAAUGUCACUCUGCCAGAAGAUGCAGAGCAAUUCUUUCUCUCUAAGAUUGACUUUGAUAUCUGUAAGUACAAGAAUUUGAUUGCAGUUCAUGGCCUUACAGCAAGUGAACUGAUCCAGUCCUGGCAGGAGUUGUCGUCUGACGCUUCCAAAACUUGCCUUUGAUUGUGGAUUUGUUUGGAAUCUUCACUUUGGUGUCAGAGUUGCCUCUAGAGAUGGCUCUGGCUGAUUCCUCUGGGGCAUUCCAAAGCUCUUCAGUAAAAGCAGGGAUUCACAAAGCACUUUUCCAUCUGUGCCUUGGAAUUUCUGUCCCUUCUACCUCUUGGAGCAACCCUGGGAUCUCCCCCUGAAUCUUCUGGAAUGUACAAAAUGCCACCCAGGAAAGAUGUUUCUGCCAAGAAAGCAGCUCUGAGGAUGCUCCCAAAUUCCUGCCUGCAUUGUUUUUAUUGUUUUAUUGCCACUCUCUGUUGUUUGUUCUCUGCCCAGCAUGAAAUUUAACCCAACCCAACCUUUUUUUUCUGUGUAACUCUCACUUCAAUGUGCCACAUCCAAAAUGCUUCCAGGAGUGUUCCCAGCCUGGGAAUCCUGUGGGAUCUGCAGGAACUGAUGAGAAAUGCAGGAAAUGUGGUGUGUCCAUAUUAAAUGGAAUGCUUCCCAUUUAACUUCCAUUUUCCAUAUGGCUUUGGUGUUCCCAGACCAGGCAAUUUGAACAUCCCAAAAACAUUGGGACCAUCAAUCCCCCCACCCCUGUGUGUGUGUGUGAUGCAUCCCAGGAGUUCUGGAACCCUGCAGGGAAGAUGAAGAAUCAUUUCUGCUCCUCAAUGAUUUAUGUCUGCUCCUCAAUGGGUUUUUUGUUCCAAUUUCAAAAUGCAAAAAAAGGAAGAAUUAAUUCCCCCAUUGACACUUUGAAGAAGACCAACUCUGCCCUGUGUGUAAAGACCAGUUUUUAAUCACUUUAUUCAUAUCAGCAAGGCCCAGUUCUCAGUAGUUUACACUUCUAAUGGACAACAAUACAGAAUUUGCAAUUGCAUGAACAUAAUUAACCUGGACACACCCACUACACAGGGGACAGACUAUGGAGACGUCCUGGCCACGCUCCCAGGGCUCCCCUGGGCUGGCACAACCCUGGCACAGCCCCUUUGUCUCUUAGAGACAAAAUUUUGGGCACUUCAGGGGCUGCCCAAAGCUCCAGGAGCAGGGCUGGGGGUCAGCAGUGCCUUCCUGGGCAGAGCUGGGCUUUGCUCUGCUCCACAAGUGCACCUGGGGCUGGGCUGGAAUUUGAGGAUGGGUUUAGGGGAAAAAGCUCUUGGGGACAACACUGUCCAGACAAGGAUUUCAGAGUUCUGAUGGUGAGAAAGUCAAAGCUUUUAAAAAAUAAAGGCUUUUUUAUUUUUUUU